AUGGCCUGUUGGUCCUAUGGACCGGUUGGACCAACUGGCCUGUUGGUCCUAUGGACCGGUUGGACCAACUGGCCUGUUGGUCCCUAUGGACCGUUUGGACCACUGGCCUGUUGGUCCUAUGGACCGGUUGGACCAACUGGCCUGUUUGGUCCAUGGACCGGUUGGACCAACUGGCCUGUUGGUCCUAUGGACCGGUUGGCCAACUGGCCUGUUGGUCCUAUGGACCGGUUGGACCAACUGGCCUGUUGGUCCUAUGGACCGGUUGGACCAACUGGCCUGUUGGUCCUAUGGACCGGUUGGACCAACUGGCCUGUUGGUGCUAUGGACCGGUUGGACCAACUGGCCUGUUGGUCCUAUGGAACCGGACCGGUUGGACCAACUGGAGGUGGUGACUAUAGGACCAGGGACAAACUGGCCUGUUGUUCCUAUGGACCGGUUGGACCAACUGGCAUGUUGGUGCCGAUGGGACCGGUUUGGACCAACUUGGCCUGUUGGGUCCUAUGGCCCGGUUGGACCAACUGGCCUGUUGGUCCUAUGGACCGGUUUGGACCGAACUCGGCCUGUUGGUCCUAUGGACCGGUUGGGCACAACUGGCCUGUUGGUUCCUAUAGGACCACGGAUUGGACCAACUCGGCCUGUUGGUCCUAUGGACCGGUUGAGACCAACUGGCCUGUUGGUCCUAUGGAUCCCGAUUGGACCAUGACUGGGCCUGUUGGUCCUAAUGGACCGGUUGGACCAACUGGCCCUGCUGGUCCUAUGGACGGUUGGACCAACUGGCCUGUUUGGUUCCUAUGGGACCGGUUGGACCCAACUUGGCACUGUUUGUCCUAUGGACCCGGUCCUGGACCAACUGGCCUGUUGGUCCUAUGUGGACCGGUUGGAAACCAACUGGGCCUGUUGCGUGCCUAUGGACCGGUUUGGACCAACUGGCCUGUUGGUCCUAUGGACCGGUUGGACCAACUGGCAUGUUGGUGCUAUGGACCGGUUGGACCAACUGGCCUGCUGGUCCUAUGGACCGGUUGGACCAACUGGCCUGCUGGUCCUAUGGACCGGUUGGACCAACUGGCCUGUUGGUCCUAUGGACCGGUUGGACCAACUGGCCUGUUGGUCCUAUGGACCGGUUGGACCAACUGGCCUGUUGGUCCUAUGGACCGGUUGGACCAACUCGCCUGUUGGUCCUAUGGACCGGUUGGACCAACUGGCCUGUUGGUUCUAUGGACCGGUUGGACCAACUGGCCAUGUUGGUCCUAUGGACCGGUUGGACCAACUGGCCUGUUGGUCCUAUGGACCGGUUGGACCAACUGGCCUGUUGGUCCUAUGGACCGGCUGGACCAACUGGCCUGUUGGUCCUAUGGACCGGUUGGACCAACUGGCCUGUUGGUCCAAUGGACCGGUUGGACCAACUGGCCUGUUGGUGCUAUGGACCGGUUGGACCAACUGGCCUGUUGGUCCUAUGGACCGGUUGGACCAACUGGCCUGUUGGUCCUAUGGACCGGUUGGACCAACUGGCCUGCUGGUCCUAUGGACCGAUUGGACCAACUGGCCUGUUGGUGCUAUGGACCGGUUGGACCGAUUGGCAUGUUGGUCCUAUGGACCGGCUGGACCAACUGGCCUGUUGGUCCUAUGGACCGGUUGGACCAACUGGCCUGUUGGUCCAAUGGACCGGUUGGACCAACUGGCCUGUUGGUGCUAUGGACCGGUUGGACCAACUGGCCUGUUGGUCCUAUGGACCGGUUGGACCAACUGGCAUGUUGGUGCUAUGGACCGGUUGGACCAACUGGCCUGCUGGUCCUAUGGACCGGUUGGACCAACUGGCCUGUUGGUCCUAUGGACCGGUUGGACCAACUAGCAUGUUGGUCCUAUGGACCGGUUGGACCAACUGGCCUGCUGGUCCUAUGGACCGAUUGGACCAACUGGCAUGUUGGUCCUAUGGACCGGUUGGACCAACUGGCCUGUUGGUCCUAUGGACCGGUUGGACCAACUGGCCUGUUGGUCCUAUGGACCGGUUGGACCAAUUGGCAUGUUGGUCCUAUGGACCGGUUGGACCAACUGGCCUGUUGGUCCUAUGGACCGGUUGGACCAACUGGCCUGUUGGUCCAAUGGACCGGUUGGACCAACUGGCCUGUUGGUGCUAUGGACCGGUUGGACCAACUGGCCUGUUGGUCCUAUGGACCGGUUGGACCAACUGGCAUGUUGGUGCUAUGGACCGGUUGGACCAACUGGCCUGUUGGUCCUAGACCGUUUGACCAACUGGCCUGCUGGUCCUAUGGACCGGUUGGACCAACUGGCCUGUUGGUCCUAUGGACCGGUUGGACCACUGGCCUGUUGGUCCUAUGGACCGGUUGGACCAACUGGCCUGUUUGGUCCUAUGGACCGGUUGGACCAACUGGCCUGUUGGUCCUAUGGACCGGUUGGACCAACUGGCCUGUUGGUCCUAUGGACCGGUUGGACCAACUGGCCUGUUGUCCUAUGGACCGGUUGGACCAACUGGCCUGUUGGUCCUAUGGACCGGUUGGACCAACUGGCCUGUUGGUCCUAUGGACCGGUUGGACCAACUGGCCUGUUGGUCCUAUGGACCGGUUGGACCAACUGGCCUGUUGGUCCUAUGGACCGGUUGGACCAACUGGCCUGUUGGUCCUAUGGACCGGUUGGACCAACUGGCAUGUUGGUGCUAUGGACCGGUUGGACCAACUGGCCUGCUGGUCCUAUGGACCGGUUGGACCAACUGGCCUGUUGGUGCUAUGGACCGGUUGGACCAACUGGCCUGCUGGUCCUAUGGACCGAUUGGACCAACUGGCAUGUUGGUCCUAUGGACCGGUUGGACCAACUGGCCUGUUGGUCCUAUGGACCGAUUGGACCAACUGGCAUGUUGGUCCUAUGGACCGGUUGGACCAACUGGCCUGUUGGUCCUAUGGACCGGUUGGACCAACUGGCCUGUUGGUCCUAUGGACCGGUUGGACCAACUCGCCUGUUGGUCCUAUGGACCGGUUGGACCAACUGGCCUGUUGGUCCUAUGGACCGGUUGGACCAAAUGGCCUGUUGGUCCUAUGGACCGGUUGGACCAACUGGCCUGCUGGUCCUAUGGACCGAUUGGACCAACUGGCAUGUUGGUCCUAUGGACCGGCUGGACCAACUGGCCUGUUGGUCCUAUGGACCGGUUGGACCAACUGGCCUGUUGGUCCUAUGGACCGGUUGGACCAACGGGCCCGUUGGCCGAAUGGACCGGUUGGACCAACUGGCCUGUUGGUCCUAUGGACCAGUUGGACCAACUGGCAUGUUGGUCCUAUGGACCGGUUGGACCAACUGGCCUGUUGGUCCUAUGGAUCGGUUGGACCAACUGGCCUGUUGGUCCUAUGGACCGGUUGGACCAACUGGCCUGUUGGUCCUAUGGACCGGUUGGACCAACUAGCAUGUUGGUCCUAUGGACCGGUUGGACCAACUGGCCUGCUGGUCCUAUGGACCGAUUGGACCAACUGGCCUGUUGGUCCUAUGGACCGGUUGGACCAACUCGCCUGUUGGUCCUAUGGACCGGUUGGACCAACUGGCCAGUCGGUCCUAUGGACCGGUUGGACCAACUGGCCUGUUGGUCCUGUGGACCGGUUGGACCAACUGGCCUGUUGGUCCUGUGGACCGGUUGGACCAACUGGCCUGUUGGUACUAUGGACCGGUUGGACCAACUGGCAUGUUGGUCCUAUGGACCGGUUGGACCAACUGUCCUGUUGGUCCUAUGGACCGGUUGGACCAACUGGCCUGUUGGUCCUAUGGACCGGUUGGACCAACUGGCCUGUUGGUCCAAUGGACCGGUUGGACCAACUGGCCUGUUGGUGCUAUGGACCGGUUGGACCAACUGGCCUGCUGGUCCUAUGGACCGAUUGGACCAACUGGCAUGUUGGUCCUAUGGACCGGUUGGACCAACUGGCCUGUUGGUCCUAUGGACCGGUUGGACCAACUGGCCUGUUGGUCCUAUGGACCGGUUGGACCAACUCGCCUGUUGGUCCUAUGGACCGGUUGGACCAACUGGCCAGUCGGUCCUAUGGACCGGUUGGACCAACUGGCCUGUUGGUCCUGUGGACCGGUUGGACCAACUGGCCUGUUGGUCCUGUGGACCGGUUGGACCAACUGGCCUGUUGGUACUAUGGACCGGUUGGACCAACUGGCAUGUUGGUCCUAUGGACCGGUUGGACCAACUGUCACUGUUGGUCCUAUGGACCGGUUGGACCAACUGGCCUGUUGGUCCUAUGGACCGGUUGGACCAACUGGCCUGUUGGUACUAUGGACCGGUUGGACCAACUGGCCUGUUGGUCCUAUGGACCGGUUGGACCAACUGGCAUGUUGGUCCUAUGGACCGAUUGGACCAACUGGCCUGUUGGUCCUAUGGACCGGUUGGACCAACUGGCCUGUUGGUCCUAUGGACCGGUUGGACCAACUAGCAUGUUGGUCCUAUGGACCGGUUGGACCAACUGGCCAGCUGGUCCUAUGGACCGUUGGGACCAACUGGCCUGUUGGUCCUAUGGACCGGUUGGACCAACUGGCCUGUUGGUCCUAUGGACCGGUUGGACCAACUGGCCUGUUGGUCCUAUGGACCGGUUGGACCAACUGGCCUGUUGGUCCUAUGGACCGGUUGGACCAACUGGCAUGUUGGUCCUAUGGGACCGGUUGGACCAACUGGCCUGUUGGUCCUAUGGACCGGUUGGACCAACUGGCCUGUUGGUCCUAUGGACCGGUUGGACCAACUGGCAUGUUGGUCCUAUGGACCGGUUUGGACCAACUGGCCUGUUGGUCCUAUGGACCGGUUGGACCAACUGGCCUGUUGGUCCUAUGGACCGGUUGGACCAACUGGCCUGUUGGUCCUAUGGACCGGUUGGACCAACUGGCCUGCUGGUCCUAUGGACCGGUUGGACCAACUGGCCUGUUGGUCCUAUGGACCGGUUGGACCAACUGGCAUGUUGGUCCUAUGGACCGGUUGGACCAACUGGCCUGUUGGUCCUAUGGACCGGUUGGACCAACUGGCCUGUUGGUCCUAUGGACCGGUUGGACCAACUGGCCUGUUGGUCCUAUGGACCGGUUGGACCAACUGGCCUGUUGGUCCUAUGGACCGGUUGGACCAACUGGCCUGUUGGUCCUAUGGACCGGUUGGACCAACUGGCCUGCUGGUCCUAUGGACCGAUUGGACCAACUGGCAUGUUGGUCCUAUGGACCGGCUGGACCAACUGGCCUGUUGGUCCUAUGGACCGGUUGGACCAACUGGCCUGUUGGUCCUAUGGACCGGUUGGACCAACGGGCCCGUUGGCCGAAUGGACCGGUUGGACCAACUGGCCUGUUGGUCCUAUGGACCAGUUGGACCAACUGGCAUGUUGGUCCUAUGGACCGGUUGGACCAACUGGCCUGUUGGUCCUAUGGACCGGUUGGACCAACUGGCCUGUUGGUCCUAUGGACCAGUUGGACCAACUGGCCUGUUGGUCCUAUGGACCAGUUGGACCAACUGGCAUGUUGGUCCUAUGGACCGGUUGGACCAACUGGCCUGUUGGUCCUAUGGACCGGUUGGACCAACUGGCCUGUUGGUCUAUGGACCGGUUGGACCAACUGGCCUGUUGGUCCUAUGGACCGGUUGGACCAACUGGCCUGUUGGUACUAUGGACCGGUUGGACCAACUGGCCCGUUGGUCCUAUGGACCGGUUGGACCAACUAACCUGUUGGUCCUAUGGACCGGUUGGACCAACUGGCUUGUUGGUCCUAUGGACCGGUUGGACCAACUGUCCUGUUGGUCCUAUGGACCGGUUGGACCAACUGGCCUGUUGGUCCUAUGGACCGGUUGGACCAACUGGCCUGUUGGUCCUAUGGACCGAUUGGACCAACUGGCCUGUUGGUCCUAUGGACCGGUUGGACCAACUGGCCUGUUGGUCCUAUGGACCGGUUGGACCAACUGGCAUGUUGGUCCUAUGGACCGGUUGGACCAACUGGCCUGUUGGUCCUAUGGACCGGUUGGACCAACUGGCAUGUUGGUCCUAUGGACCGGUUGGACCAACUUGCCUGUUGGUCCUAUGGACCGGUUGGACCAACUGGCCUGUUGGUCCUAUGGACCGUUUGGACCAACUUGCCUGUUGGUCCUAUGGACCGGUUGGACCAACUGGCCUGUUGGUACUAUGGACCGGUUGGACCAACUGGCCUGUUGGUCCUGUGGACCGGUUGGACCAACUGGCCUGUUGGUACUAUGGACCGGUUGGACCAACUGGCCUGUUGGUCCUAUGGACCGGUUGGACCAACUUGCCUGUUGGUCCUAUGGACCGGUUGGACCAACUGGCCUGUUGGCCGAAUGGACCGGUUGGACCAACUGGCCUGUUGGUCCUAUGGACCGGUUGGACCAACUGGCCUGUUGGUCCUGUGGACCGGUUGGACCAACUGGCCUGUUGGUCCUGUGGACCGGUUGGACCAACUGGCCUGUUGGUACUAUGGACCGGUUGGACCAACUGGCAUGUUGGUCCUAUGGACCGGUUGGACCAACUGUCCUGUUGGUCCUAUGGACCGGUUGGACCAACUGGCCUGUUGGUCCUAUGGACCGGUUGGACCAACUGGCCUGUUGGUACUAUGGACCGGUUGGACCAACUGGCCUGUUGGUCCUAUGGACCGGUUGGACCAACUGGCAUGUUGGUCCUAUGGACCGAUUGGACCAACUGGCCUGUUGGUCCUAUGGACCGGUUGGACCAACUGGCCUGUUGGUCCUAUGGACCGGUUGGACCAACUAGCAUGUUGGUCCUAUGGACCGGUUGGACCAACUGGCCUGCUGGUCCUAUGGACCGAUUGGACCAACUGGCAUGUUGGUCCAAUGGACCGGUUGGACCAACUGGCCUGUUGGUGCUAUGGACCGGUUGGACCAACUGGCCUGUUGGUCCUAUGGACCGGUUGGACCAACUGGCAUGUUGGUGCUAUGGACCGGUUGGACCAACUGGCCUGCUGGUCCUAUGGACCGGUUGGACCAACUGGCCUGCUGGUCCUAUGGACCGGUUGGACCAACUGGCCUGUUGGUCCUAUGGACCGGUUGGACCAACUAGCAUGUUGGUCCUAUGGACCGGUUGGACCAACUGGCCUGCUGGUCCUAUGGACCGAUUGGACCAACUGGCAUGUUGGUCCUAUGGACCGGUUGGACCAACUGGCCUGUUGGUCCUAUGGACCGGUUGGACCAACUGGCCUGUUGGUCCUAUGGACCAGUUGGACCAACUCGCCUGUUGGUCCUAUGGACCGGUUGGACCAACUGGCCUGUUGGUCCUAUGGACCGGUUGGACCAACUGGCCUGUUGGUCCUAUGGACCGGUUGGACCAACUGGCCUGCUGGUCCUAUGGACCGAUUGGACCAACUGGCAUGUUGGUCCUAUGGACCGGCUGGACCAACUGGCCUGUUGGUCCUAUGGACCGGUUGGACCAACUGGCCUGUUGGUCCUAUGGACCGGUUGGACCAACGGGCCCGUUGGCCGAAUGGACCGGUUGGACCAACUGGCCUGUUGGUCCUAUGGACCAGUUGGACCAACUGGCAUGUUGGUCCUAUGGACCGGUUGGACCAACUGGCCUGUUGGUCCUAUGGACCGGUUGGACCAACUGGCCUGUUGGUCCUAUGGACCAGUUGGACCAACUGGCCUGUUGGUCCUAUGGACCAGUUGGACCAACUGGCAUGUUGGUCCUAUGGACCGGUUGGACCAACUGGCCUGUUGGUCCUAUGGACCGGUUGGACCAACUGGCCUGUUGGUACUAUGGACCGGUUGGACCAACUGGCCUGUUGGUCCUAUGGACCGGUUGGACCAACUGGCCUGUUGGUACUAUGGACCGGUUGGACCAACUGGCCCGUUGGUCCUAUGGACCGGUUGGACCAACUAACCUGUUGGUCCUAUGGACCGGUUGGACCAACUGGCUUGUUGGUCCUAUGGACCGGUUGGACCAACUGUCCUGUUGGUCCUAUGGACCGGUUGGACCAACUGGCCUGUUGGUCCUAUGGACCGGUUGGACCAACUGGCCUGUUGGUCCUAUGGACCGAUUGGACCAACUGGCCUGUUGGUCCUAUGGACCGGUUGGACCAACUGGCCUGUUGGUCCUAUGGACCGGUUGGACCAACUGGCAUGUUGGUCCUAUGGACCGGUUGGACCAACUGGCCUGUUGGUCCUAUGGACCGGUUGGACCAACUGGCAUGUUGGUCCUAUGGACCGGUUGGACCAACUUGCCUGUUGGUCCUAUGGACCGGUUGGACCAACUGGCCUGUUGGUCCUAUGGACCGUUUGGACCAACUUGCCUGUUGGUCCUAUGGACCGGUUGGACCAACUGGCCUGUUGGUACUAUGGACCGGUUGGACCAACUGGCCUGUUGGUCCUGUGGACCGGUUGGACCAACUGGCCUGUUGGUACUAUGGACCGGUUGGACCAACUGGCCUGUUGGUCCUAUGGACCGGUUGGACCAACUUGCCUGUUGGUCCUAUGGACCGGUUGGACCAACUGGCCUGUUGGCCGAAUGGACCGGUUGGACCAACUGGCCUGUUGGUCCUAUGGAUCGGUUGGACCAACUGGCUUGUCGGUCCAAUGGACCGGUUGGACCAACUGGCCAGUCGGUCCUAUGGACCGGUUGGACCAACUGGCCUGUUGGUCCUGUGGACCGGUUGGACCAACUGGCCUGUUGGUCCUGUGGACCGGUUGGACCAACUGGCCUGUUGGUCCUGUGGACCGGUUGGACCAACUGGCCUGUUGGUCCUGUGGACCGGUUGGACCAACUGGCCUGUUGGUCCUGUGGACCGGUUGGACCAACUGGUCUGUCGGUCCUAUGGACCGGUUGGACCAACUGGCCUGUCGGUCCUAUGGACUGGUUGGAGCAACUGGCCUGUUGUUCCAAUGGACCUGUUGGACCAACUGACGUGUUGUUCCUAUAG